AGAAGAAGAAGGUAUAUUUAAAAUUUGCAGCUUAAAAGGCUCUAAAAAUUCCGUCGCUCAGUUUCCGUCGCUCCUCCGGCUUUGUCAUCGUCUUUUGCAUUGCCAUCAGUCAUGAUGGCCUAAGCUUCUUCUCCCUCUCUCUCUCUUUCUCUCUGAGACCUCGUCUUCUUCGAUUUUUCACCGCUCUCACUCAACUUCUCUGUUGAUCAAGCUCCGAUUCCAGUUUAAGUGAGCAUUUAGGUUUCAGUCGUUGCCUUUUGCUUAUUUUCCUAGGGUUUUGUCAUCGCAUGGUUCUUAUCGUGUUUCGAUUUCACGAGGAGUUGAGAUGUAAGGAUGGCUCAAAGGAGGGGAAAGUUUUCCUUCAGAAACCUGACGAAAAGUCAACUAGGUGGUGUUGUCUUUGGCUGCACUAAGAAUACCAUCAAAGAAUGUAUGUCGAAACAGUUGUUUGGUUUACCCUCUAACCACUAUCCAUACGUGCAGAAGAUUGAUAUUGGUUUGCCAUUGUUUCUUUUCAACUAUUCUGAUCGUACACUUCAUGGCAUUUUUGAGGCUGCUGGUUGUGGUCAGCUCAAUUUUGACCCUUAUGGCUGGACCUCUGAUGGUUCUGAGAGAACCUCAUAUCCUGCACAGGUUCCAAUCAGUGUUAGGUUACAGUGUGAACCACUUUCCGAGGAAAAAUUCAAACCUGCAAUUGCAGAUAAUUACUACAGUUCUCACCAUUUUUGGUUUGAGCUUGAUCAUUUCCAAACAAGGAAGUUGACAUGUCUGCUAACAUCUUUUGCUGUGAAACCUAAACCACCCAUGAAUACACCAAACACAAGACAGAUCUUUCGCUUGAUUUCAUCAAGUGAAAAGAAAGAGAACAGUGAUGAGGUUAAGCCUUCUGAGAAUGAACCAGUGGGUAGCUUGGAAGUGUCACUCAGUUCUGGCGGAGAAUCUGACUCCUCUGCUGCUGCUUCUCAUCCUGGUUUCUCUGAGAACCAUCCAGACGUACAGAACCCCAAACAAAUAGAUAAGGAUCAUGUUCUUGAGAAACUGAAGGAUCUCGUCUUUAGUCAUGAUGAGCAUGGAGACAACAGUCUAACUGAAACUGUUGAACAAGCCAACAUUCCCACCUGCAAGAACUUGGAAGACAGAGAUACACUUGAAGAGGAAACAUGUUCAGAGGGGAAAAUAGAUGGCAGUUGUCUUGUAUCCUCUCCUCUUCCACAUACAAUAAGCCAGUUGAUGCAUGAGGUGAAGGAACUCAGGGCAUGCGGGCUGGAAAAUUCAACCAAGAUAUGUUACUUGGAAGAGAAGCUGGACAAAGCACACAAGGAAAUUUAUCAAUUGACAGAGCGUUGCAACAUGCUGGAGUCCAUAUCAGGUCCUUUAAUCACCAAAGCUGGUGGCAGUGAUUUGGAGAUCCAUUCACCAGAUGAUACCAGCUUAGAUCCAACUGAGGCAAUUCUUCUUUUAGGGGGAUUUGAUAAAGACUCUGAAACAUGGUUGUCAUCAGUGCAGUCAUAUUUUCCAUCCAGGAAUGUUGUAAAGGCUCAUAGUUCAAUGAGCUGUAUCCGUUCAAAUGCAUCAGUGGCAAAGUUGGAUGGUAAAAUUUACGUCUUUGGAGGUGAUGACGGUGGCCGUGGCUGGACCAACUCAGCUGAAUCCUUUAACCAGACUGAUGGCCAGUGGAGCUUGUGCCCCCCCUUAAACGAGCGAAAAGGAAGUUUAGGUGGAGCCACUUUGGAUGGAAAAAUAUUUGCAAUCGGAGGUGGGAAUGGGAUGGUAUCUUUUUCAGAUGUUGAGAUGCUUGAUCCAGAUAUAGGGAGAUGGAUCAGAACAAGGUCAAUGGGGCAGGAGAGAUUUGCAGUUGCGUCCGUGGAGCAUAAAAGUUCAAUUUAUGCUGUCGGUGGUUAUGAUGGUAAAGAGUACCUGAACACAGCUGAAAGGUUUGAUCCUAGAGAGCACUCCUGGAUGAAUAUUGCAUCGAUGAAGUCGAGAAGAGGCUGCCAUUCUCUUGUUGUUCUGAAUGAAAAACUAUAUGCGAUUGGUGGGUUUGAUGGUGAGACAAUGGUAUCGAGUGUUGAGAUAUAUGAGCCAAGGACAGGGACAUGGAUGACGGGAGAACCAAUGAAGGAUUUAAGAGGAUAUUCAGCAGUGGCAGUGGUUAAAGACUCAAUAUAUGUGAUCGGAGGAUACAAAGGGGAAGAGGAUGACAUAUUAGACACUGUUGAGUGUUUUAAGGAAGGUGAAGGGUGGAAAAACGUGCCUUCUUCCUCGAUCGGUAGGCGUUGCUUUCUAUCUGCGGUGGCUUUGUAAAUGGGGAAACUUUGAAGCUGUUGUUUUUUUGGUGGCCAAGUCAUGAGAGACAGAGAUAAGCCUUUAGGAGUUUUGAUUUUGGGGAAAGAGUUUCCCUCUAUGAAGUAGAAGCAAAAUGGAAAUAUCGAUUUGCUAUAAAAAAGUACAAAAAAACAUCUAACCAAUUAGGUGCGUUCGGGUCUAGGUCGAGAGAUCUAUUUUAUAAACGUUCCUGGGCACUCAAAUUUGAGCGGGCUUUUAUAACUAGAUUAAGG